CUCCUGGUUACAUCCUGCUGUGUAUUACCAUAUUGUAAAUAAGGGCUCAGCAGAUGACUCUCUAGAGAUAACGAGUGUAGGGAACGUAUCUAAACAUACAGCGAGAGCUAUCGGUUUUCCAUUGGGGAUCAGUUGGCCAUUCUUGCAUGAUGCUUCCACUGGUGUUACUGGUCCUGGGACUGUUUGCAGACUGGGGGAUGGCAUUGAAAUGUAACACUCUGAUAGAGGGGCGUAAGGAGGUCACUGAGUGUCCACCAGGGCAGAAGAUCUGCAUGACCCAUUCUAUCUCCAACAAUAACAGAACAGACAUCACCAAGGGUUGCACCACGUUUGGCAGAUGCACCAGGCGGAACGUCUUCCUCUAUGAAAGUGAAGAGAUUCACUGCUGUAACAUAGAUCUGUGCAAUUAGACACCAGCCUGUAGAGCAUCUAAUCAAUUCCUACAGGUGCCUCUAGAGGGCGCCAGUCUCCUCUUUCCAGUCUUUCUUCUUCUCUUCUCUUUGGUCAGUUGCAUUGUAUAUUCAGCCUCAGAUAUGGCUGUUCCCCCAGAGCUUCACUGUCCAGCUUCUUAGCAGUAGAUUAUUUAGCUGUAAUACAUGAUGGUAUAUAAAGAAGGGGAUGGUUCCGUUUGACCAAGCAGGAGGAAAUAAGAAGAUUUUGGAAGACCUUACUGAGACCUAUUGACCUCUAGCUAGAAAUCCCAGGCCCCAUAGAAGGCUGAGUAUUUCUCCUUUAUGAAACCAGUUUGCUCUCUGCUCAUCAAUAAAGACCCCUUAACCUGUAGAAUUGAUACAUCAAUACAUUUGUUGAAUUAUGAUCCAAUUGCCUUGUUGAUUGGGAAGAAAUGCUUCAUUUACCAUUAAAUAUAUCAGUGUAUGAUCAUCA